AUGUCUACCUUUGACAUCCCCACUAAGGUGUGUGACAAGUUAGAUGCUUUGACUAGGAAAUUUUGGUGGAAUCCAAAAAACCCAAAUGGAAGGUAUUUGGCUUGGGUGGCUUGGGAAAAACUUAGUCUACCUAAAGGAAGUGGAGGGAUGGGAUUCAGAAAGAGCAGGGAUUUUAAUAAAGCUCUUUUGGCUAAGCUUGCUUGGAUGAUUGCUUCAAAUAGGGACAGUUUGUGUAUGAACCUUCUGAGAAGCAAAUACAAGGUAAGGAAGAAUUGGAUUCAAAGUGAACCUUCUAAAAAUGCUUCCCCAACUUGGAAAGCUAUUGAGAAAACCAAACCCCUUAUUGCUAAGGGUGCUUGUUACCUUGUUGGAAAUGGUACUUCAAUUAGUAUAUGGGAGGACCCAUGGAUUCCAUGGCUAGAUGGGUUUAAACCAACUCCAAAGGAUGACUCAAUUCUAUGA